UACGCGCCGAAGAGGCUGCCACAUCAAAACUCCCAACCCAAGCCAUCUCCUCUAUAGCGGAACAACUGGAAGCAGAAGAGAAGAUAUUUCGGGGCGCACCCUUGAAUGAGGCGAGGUUGCGUAUAACCAUCAACACGAUCCUUCAAGCGGCCUUUGCCCUCAAGGACUAUGCCCACGUACAAAGCCAAGUUGAGCGCCAUCUCAAAGUGGAUAUGCCGCGUAGAAAGCCUACCAGAACGAUCAAUGGCGUUGCCGACUACGCCAUCUGGUAUGGCAACAAUCCCCAUAACGAGGCAAACUGUAUUUGCCUAGUCGAGGCCAAGGACAUGAAGCACGAUGGCUUUUCCCAGGUCCUAGGUUACAUGGGGGUCGUGUUGGAAACUCGGGAGCGGGCUGGUUGCAGCCAUAGGGACAUAUGGGGGAUAGCCACCAACUCUAAGGAUUGGAGGUUUCUCCGCUUGGAGAAAAAUCGAAACUUCUCCUCCCUGCAAUUUUCGACCCGGAACAAUCAACUACCCCAGAUACUACUUGUGUUAAGUAGUAUUAUCGGGCAAACGGCCAUUCUGUCUCCUACUGUCUCACGUUCUUGA